AUGGCGGGGAAAAUUGUGUUAAUAAAGUCAGUCUUGAAUGCGGUGCCAACUUACUUAAUGUCAAAUCUCAAAGCUCCAAAGGAAGUUGUUGUCAGUUUACAGGAUACACUGAGGUCUUUUCUUUGGAACAACAACAGGGAUGGGAAAUCUAGGAUCCCUCUGUUAGCCUGGGAUAAGGUGUGUCUUCCUAAAGAACUUGGGGGAUCUGGAAUUCGUAACUUGGAAAAUCAAAAUUUGGCACUGGGGGCCAAAUUAGUGUGGAAAUUAUAUGAUAAUCCAGCCUCCCUUUGGGCUAGAAUCAUGUUCGCCAAGUACCUUUCCAAUGGUGAUAGGGAGUCUGUAUUUCGAGCUGAGUCUCUACCUAAGGGGUCGGCCAUUUGGAAUUUCAUGUGGAAGUCGAUUGAUUUUCUUCCUAUUAGUUCUAGUCUUAAAGAAGAUUUUUAUUCUACUCUUAGAAAUAGAAUAAUCAUCUUGUCUGAGCUCGAUGAUGAGCUGAUUUGGACCAAGAACUCUACUGGAAAGUAUUCAGUGAAAGAUGGCUAUAAUUCCCUUAUAAUGGGAAAGGAUCUCUCUUCUUGGCCUUACAAAUUAUUUUGGCAUCCUGCAUGUCUGCCGAAGGCUGGAGCCUUUACAUGGCUUGUUGUGCAAGACAGGGUUCUUACUAGGAUGAGAUUGGAUAGGAUGGGCUUAUCUGUUGUCUUUCCUUUUUCAAAGGGUAUGGCUUUCAAAAAUAAGAGAAUUGUGGCUACCUGGGUUCCUCCUCCUUCGGGUCAUUAUAAACUCCACUUUGAUGGUGCUUCCAAGGGGAACCCGGGUAUGGCAGGGGCUGGUAUGGCUAUUCUGGAUCACAAGGCAGUCUUAAUAUUGGCUCAAUGUCAUGCCCUUGGGUCUCAGUUAAACAACUUUGUUGAAUGUCAAGCUCUGUCACUUGGAAUUGACAUGGCUAUUUCCCUUGGAAUAAAACAUCUUCACAUUCAGGGGGAUUCAAUGUUGAAUAAAUUGGCAGAUUUCCUGGCUAAUUUGGCAAUUGAUUUGGCUGUUUUUCAUAAGAUUGUGGAAAGAGAUGACAUUCCUCAUGAUGUCCUUCCCGAGUAUAUGCCUCUUCCCAAAUAUUAA